UCCCGCCCUCUCCAUGCCCCUCGGCACCCGGGGAGGCGAGCGCGGACCCCGUGCACCGCCCGGGCCGGCGCGGGGCUGUGUGCCGGCGCCCACCCCGCUUUCUCUAGUCUCAGGCAUUCAAGACGGGCCGUGGUGCAGGUUUCGCCUGGCGGGGCUCAUCUACCUCUCCACUUCCCCGGACCCUGUUCUCUUGUCCUCGGUGCCUUCCAUUGUUUUAGUGCACAGAUGCGACUUGUGGAGUCCUUACUGUGUUUCGGACAAAAGGAAUGACAGUAGUGGGGAACUGAUCACAGCCGCAUUUGAGCUUGGAGUUGCCCAUCCUCCUGGCUAUCCUUUGUUCACGCUGAUGGCUAAACUGGCAAUUAUCCUACUUCCCUUUGGUUCAGUUGCCUACCGCGUCAAUCUUCUCUGUGGCUUAUUUGGAGCAGUAGCUGCAUCGUUACUUUUUUUCACUGUUUUCAGGCUUUCUGGCUCAUAUGCUGGAGGAAUCCUUGCUGCGGGGGUGUUUUCGUUUUCCCGUCUAACAUGGCAGUGGUCCAUCACAGCGGAGGUUUUCAGCUUAAACAAUCUGUUUGUGGGGCUGCUUAUGGCUCUUACUGUACAUUUUGAGGAGGCGGCAACUACAAAGGAGAGAUCAAAGAUAGCUAAAAGCGGUGCUUUCUGCUGUGGCCUUAGUCUGUGUAAUCAGCACACAAUCAUGCUCUACAUUUUGUGCUUAAUACCUUGGAUUCUCUUUCGACUUAUAAAAGAGAAGGAACUCUCUCUGGGUGCUCUAUUGUGGCUGAGUCUGUGCUUCUCUGCUGGUUUGCUGCCCUAUGUCCACCUUCCCAUCUCAUCUUACCUUAAUCGAGCCCGGUGGACCUGGGGAGACCAGACAACAUUGCUAGGAUUUUUGACACAUUUUCUCAGGGAAGAAUAUGGAACAUUCAACCUGGCCAAAUCUGAAAUAGGAUCCAGUAUGUCUAAAUUAUUGCUUUCUCAAGUGAUGAAUAUGAGGACUGAGCUCUCAUUCAACAUCCAAGCCCUUGCAAUUUGGGCAAAUAUAUGUUUGGCAAGAAAAAACAAACAGAAUCCAUCAUUGAUAUGGCUUUUUACUGGAAUGUUUUGCAUUUAUUCAUUGUUCUUUGCUUGGAGGGCAAAUUUAGAUAUUUCGAACCCACUUUUCAUGGGUGUGGUGGAACGGUUCUGGAUGCAGAGCAAUGCUGUGGUGGCCGUCCUGGCUGGCGUGGGUUUGGCAGCACUUGUGUCUGAGAGCGGCCGAGUGCUGAACAGCAGUGCACUGCCGUGUUUGGAGUGGCUCUCAGCAGCCCUGUUUGUGGCUCACCAAAUAUAUUCUAAUUACAGCAUUUGUGACCAAAGGACCAACUUUGUGAUCGAUAAAUUUGCAAAGAACCUUAUAGCCUCUGUGCCUCGCGAUGCAGUCAUUUUACUCAGAGGAGAUUUGCCUGGGAAUUCUCUCCGGUACAUGCAUUACUGCGAGGGGUUGAGGCCAGACAUUUCACUAGUGGAUCAGGAGAUGAUGACUUACGAGUGGUAUUUACCCAAGAUGGCAAAGCAUUUACCAGGUGUCAGCUUCCCGGGGGACCGGUGGAAUCCUGUGGAAGGAAUAUUACCUAGUGGAAUGGUCACAUUUAAUCUUCAUCGUUUUCUUGAAAUAAACAAACAAAAAGAAACAUUUGUUUGCAUAGGAAUUCAUGAAGGUGAUCCAACCUGGAAAAAGAACUAUUCACUUUGGCCGUGGGGGUCUUGUGACAAAUUGGUUCCUUCAGAGAUUGUAUUCAACCCUGAGGAAUGGAUUAAACUUACCAAAAAUAUGUACAACUGGACUGAAGAAUAUGGAAGGUUUGAUUCAACUUCUUGGGAAUCUGUGGCCAAUGAAGAGAUGUGGCAAGCAAGGAUGAAAACCCCAUUCUUCAUCUUUAACCUGGCAGAAUCUGCUGAUACGCCUUCAUCCCUGAAAGCUCAGCUCUACCUUCGUGCAUAUGAACUUUAUAAGGAGAUUGUGUAUUCACAAAAGGAGCACCCAGUGAAUUGGCACAAGAACUAUGCCAUCGCCUGUGAGCGGGUGCUGCGUCUGCAAGAAGGAGCUGUGGACCCUGAAGUCCUGUUAUCCGAAACCAUCAGACAUUUCCGUCUCUAUGCUCAGAAAGCGCGGAACGAUCCACAGCAUGCUGACAUUUUAGUUGCUCUAAAGCACCUGAGAAAAGAACUGCAAAGUCUAAGAAAUAUGAAAAAUGUCUGAGACAGCAAAAUAUGAAAAACCUGUUUAUCAUUCAGCUUCCAAAAUUCUGAAGUUCAAAAGCUUUUCCUUCAAGAAAAGAACUACGGCUCGGCGCCUGUGGCUCAAGCGGCUAAGACGCCAGCCGCAUACACCUAAGGUGGCGGGUUCGAAUCCCCAGCCCGGGCCCGCCAAAC